GGGCAAGUGCACGACGAUUGUUCUUGCGAGACGAUGGCUUGCGCAAAAAACAAGCACUUUUUGUCUGGCAAUGCCAAGUUCUUCGUUCAGCUGAGUUCGAUGCUGAUAGUCUGGCGUUUCUCACUGAUCCGAUUUCCCAAACAGCAAACGCGUUGGCAGAAAGCAGAGACAACUUCUACGGGAUAUCAUCUUCUGAUGGAAAAGACGUAGUAGGCUCGUCUUCUAUUAAGGCUCAUGUAAUAAUUCAUCUUCUCAAACAGUAUCUUUCUGAGUUUCCUUCUGGGAUUCUGAGAGCAGUAUGACCGUGUAAGAAAUGAAUUAUUCAGAGCGCUAAUUCUAGCGCGGCUUCCACAUCAACAGUUGUCGGGAUGAACAACACGUCAGCUAGUGGCAAUGGUCCUUCGAUCCGACAAUUGUACUGUUUUGAACAGUACUUUUUGAACAGAUUGCACGUGAACGAAGCGGACUUCACGCAUGUAGUGACUGUACUGUUAUGGUCAGCGGCGCUUAUCCAUCUUUCUCAGAAUCUCUUCGGCACCCUUUUGCUCCCAUAGGAGAAUGUGCUACCCUUUUCUUAAUCCCAUAUAUGUACCACAAGAAUGCUUACAAGGGAAAUAAAGGUACUACCGAGAUGAGAGGACCAAGACAGAUGGAUAAUAUUAGCGAACGCUAAUACUGGAAAACUCUAGUCUGGAUGGACAAGUUCGAAAAGCUGCUGUGGCU